AAGACGCAUGCGCCGGCUUCUGGCCUGUCGCGUUAGGUCGCCCGGUUGUGUGGGUUGAGGAGCAUUUUCAGCAGGAGCACUGCGCAGGGGAAAGAACUGCAGGUGGAGUACUACUAAACAUGGAGGAUACAGAAGAGGACUACAUGUCUGAUUCCUUUGUUAAUGUACAUCAGGAUGUCAGGCCAGGAAUGCCCAUGCUGAGACGUGUAAAAGAAACUUUUAAAAAAGAAGAGAAACAAAAAGAAGCCAACCAAAAAAACAGACAAAAGAGUAUAAAAGAACAAGAACAAGAGCAACGUGAUAGUGCUUUAAAAAUUGCUUUGGGAAAUGAGAAUAAAGGCUUUGCUAUGCUUCAGAAGAUGGGGUACAAAAGUGGUCAGCCUCUAGGCAAGAGUGGAGAAGGGAUUAUUGAGCCUAUUCCUUUGAACAUGAACAAAGGUAGAAGCGGGCUUGGGCAUGAAGAAGUUAAAAAACGAAAAGUUGAAGAGAAUCUGGAAAACUACAAAAGAAAACUUCAUAUGCAAAAACAAGUAGAGAAGCAGGCCACCAACCUUUUCAAAAUGAGAAUGAAGACCAAGCAAGAGGAAUUGCAAGUAAAACGGGACCUGGAGAAAAGUCAGAAAGCCUGUCAGCAGUUAGAUAUGCAGAAAGGCUUUGAACUUCCCAGAGAGGCUUGGUUCUGGUUAAGACCAAGCGGGGAGAAAGAUGAUGUGGAGAAACAGGAGGAGGAGGAGGAAGAGGAAGAAGAUGACUUAAGUGCAUCAGAUAAAUUACAAACUUUGACAGCAUAUUUAAGAGACAAGUAUCUGUACUGCAUCUGGUGUGGAACAGCCUACGAAGAUCAAGAUGAUUUAUCUUCAAACUGCCCAGGAGACACUUUUGAAGAUCAUGAAUAAUUUUCAAAGGGCAAAUCCGUGUUUAAAAUAGCACAAGAUUUAUACGGACUAAUGAUGAUGGCUGCUUACUUUUGACAGGACGAUGUUUUGGGGGGAUUUUAUAUAUUUAAAAUGAAGCUACACUCACUGAAACUGUUGGACAUUUGAGAAUAUUUUGGAUUUUUCUCAGCUCUCCAAACUAAGGAAAUGCUGCACCAGGGCACAUCUGACUCAGUUUUUGUUUAUUUGUGAUUCCCUCUUUUUCAUAAUACAAUAAAGCGUCUUCCCCUGAAGGAAGGCCAACCUAC